GAGAGGAAGGAAGAAGGGAAAGAAAGCACGGGCAAGCACUGCUGUGUUUGUUGAGCAACGGCAGCACGAUUUGAUUCCAGGAUCGUCAGGAUGAGGCCUCUCACCAAGUGCUGCUGGUGCCUAUCGCUACGGUCAGGCGUCUUCGUCAUCUGUGUCAUAGGUGCGCGACAAUAAGGACAGCAGCCCACCUCUAACACACAGCCCUCUGUUUGCUUGUCAUGGUGUGUUCUGACGUGUGUGCAGAUGUGUGCAUCGCGAUGCUGGCACUGGCAGGGGCCAUAUUCACCCGCGACGAAGGAUCCGGCAGGCUGGAGGGGGCUCAGCUGGUGGCGGUGGCUUUGCGCAUCUUGUUUGCUUCGCUGUGCUUGUACGGCGUCCGGCGGCAGCAGCCCUUCUGGAUCCUGCUUUACCUGUGUUGGCUUGCCUGUCUGGUCGUCGAGGAGCUGUUCUGGUGCAUACUGGAUCUGGUGCGCGACGACUGCCGUGACGGCGAGGGUGCAGUGGUCAAUGGUGAUCAGUGCAACGUCAGGUGGACGGGCAUGUUUGUGGUCUCCCUCAUCGAAGUCAUCGUCGGAGGUGCGUGGCCUGGCGUGGCCAACUCAUCAGACAAAUUGUUGGAUGGCUGAUGAACCAACAUGAUGAUUGCUUGUUUGUUUGUGCAGGCUACUGCCUGUUGGUGCUGUGGUCUCUCUGGAAGGUCAUGCGGGAAGGCGGCACGGGUACGACGCACAACGCACACGAAAUUGCUUGCCUGUGCCUCAUGUGCGCAUCUUGCCUUCGUUCGUCGAUCCCAUGCAGGUGAGUUGUCGUCCAACGACCGCUUCAGCCGCUACCGCAGCCGCACACUCGUGGCUGAGCCGUACUCUCUUGACCCCACACUCAUCGGUAGGUAACCCACCCUCCAUCUACAACACAACGCGCAACAGCAUAGCUGCUCAUUCAUUGUCUUGUCAUCCAUCUCUUGCCCCAGGAAACCCGAUGAUAGUGGUGCAGGGGGUGCCCGCCACCAGCUCUGGGUUCGCCAUGGGCGAGGCCCCUACGGAUGACACGCAGCCACAUCAGCGAGAAGAAGACGAUGAUAACGAGGAGGCCGAGAGCGACGAAUGCAGCGCCGACGCGACGCCCAAGGAGGACAAACCGCCGUCACGGUCAUCGGAGUCUGGCGAGGGCGGCGAGAGGAGCGCCGAGGGCACACAUGAGGGGAGUGAACACUCAGACAGCGGCCGCAGUGGGGGCGGCGGUGGGGAGGGCAGGGCAGAGGCAUAUCGGCAGACACCAUUGCCGGCACCUAUCAGUGAGAGGCAGGCAGAGGGAAGCUAGUAUAAAGGCAGACAGGCAGGUGUGUUUUCUGUCUCGUCCCUGCCUUCACGAGGAAGCAAUGAUGGUUGGGUGGGCGGGGCGGAUGAGUCUGUCGGUCUGCCUUUUGACUGACUGCUGGUGAGAGUAGCCAGUGCGGUUUUGUUCAUGCG